UUUUAUUAAAGUCCCCUAGUGGCUCAGACGAGCUGAAUGGCGUAACGUUAAACUCCGAGGGUCGCCCUCUGUGCUUCGCCGCUCCCCGCACAGACGAGCCCCCCUCAGACAGACAGACAGAGGUUAGCAGCGCGGCUAGCCGCCUCUCCCCCUCAGCUGUCGUUCAUAGCCGCAGCUCACGCGCACACGUACUAGUCCCAGCCCCCUCCAGCCUCCGCGCGCCCACAGCGGCUCCUCUCCAGCUCAGCCUCUGCAGGUUUUUGGAGAGCCUGAGCCGACAGCGUGGUCCAGCCCCACUGAGGCACUAAGGGUAGGGCACAACAUGGCAGCUAUGAAGUCACGGGCAGGACCGAGGGCCACGCAACCCGCAACAGAAGAAGACGGAGGCUUGAUCUACAUGCAGUGUUGUGGUCAGGAAGACGUGGAUGCACAAAAACACUGCCAGAAUCCCGUCCAGUCGUCGUCAGGUCCCGGGAGAGUGUGGCCCAGUACAGCGGCCGUGCCGAAGUCAAACCCCUUCACAUUCCCACAGUCUUCCAACGUAGACCUGCCCUACAGGUAUAGGAGUCCUGAGUCAGUGGAGAUGGAUGAGAUCAUGGCUGCAAUGGUUCUUACCAGUCUGUCUUGCAGUCCAGCGGUCCAAAGCCCCCCGCAGAGAGAUCCCCUGCCAGCUGCCCCAGGGGACAUGGAGUGUGGUGGAGGGGAGCUCUCGGACAGCGGCAGCAGCGGCUACUGGAGCUGGGACCAUGGUAGCGUGAGCCCUGCUCCCUCACCAUCCGUCACAGAGACAGACGGCAGCGUUGGCCAUUCGGUGGAUGAGGGGUUGCAAAUGGAGCUGGAGCCUGGCUUGAGCGAUGAGACGGAGAAUAUGAGGUGUAAGAGUUUGAGCAGAGGAGCAUACAGGUGUUUAUGGCCUGGCUGUGGCAAAGUGCUGACAUCACGGGUCGGGAUGAAACGUCACAUUCGAAUUCUCCAUUUGGGCAGUGGAUCAGAGCAGUCCCAUAGAGAGGAAGACUUCUACUACACUGAAGUUUCCUCAGAGGAGCAGGAGCCGACACCACCCUCUCCUGAUCCUUCAUUCUUCAGUGGGCCCUGGUCCUCCUGCAGCUCCACCCACAGCCAGUCCACUCAUGGACCCCAAGAGGCCCCACCCCCAUCCAGCGCUCUCAGUCAGUCCGCCCCCAGCAGCGUGUGGCAGAUCCAUACAGAACAUCUCUACCAGGCCUGCACUCCCAUCGAGGUGACCGUGUUGCCUGGAUCUCCUGCGUCCUGUGAUCGACCUCCUCCUGGUGGCCUUCAGUCGAGACCUCAGAUCACCACCACCCGCAGCCGUUCCGUCAGUGUGGGAGAGCAGUGGCUACAGCGGAACAGCGCCCCCACCAGGUCACAGACCAUGAGUGCAUCACCCUCCAGAGGCCACUGCUCAUUCCGGAAGGGCCGAGGAGAGGCCAAAAAGUGCCGCAAGGUUUACGGUGUGGAGCGCAGGGAUCAGUGGUGCACUGCUUGUCGCUGGAAGAAAGCCUGUCAACGCUUCCCUGACUAAAAACAAAAAAACAAAACAAACAAAAAAAAAAAGACUUCAGGAGGCGAAAAAGAAUCGCCAUUUUUCCUUUUCUUUCCUCCGACCACUUUUGGCACUGUAGAGGACAGCAAGAACCCCUCUUCACUUUUGUACCUGUAUUUUUUUUGUUUUCUUACGAGAAUUGAAAUUGUUUUUUGGUAUCUUUUCCUGCGAAGUGACUGCUGGUGCUAGCUGUUGAGACUGUGCGUGUGGUGCGCUAGGGUCCCGUCUCCUCUGUUUCUUUUCCCUUUUAUGAAACAAAAAGCUUCACCCUGUAACUGAAAACUUGUAGUUUUUCUCCCUCGCUCCUGCACAUCUUCCCCAGAGAUUAUUUAAGUGAUCGUUAGUUUUGGUAUAUUGUGAACAUGAACGUUUUUAUUGUUUUUUUUUCUAUUGCUGUUUUCUUGGCCUGGAAGAUGUACUAGCGUAAUGUCAUGUAUUGUCUUUAUUUUCUAUGUAUCUGCUGAGAUAUAUGGGUUUUAGUCCUUUUUCUUUUAUACACAUUUCAUUUUUAUUUUUGUUUGACAUAAUGCCCACAUGUCAGCGCUUCCUAAUCAAGUGAAACUGCCAGAUAUAAAGCUAUAAUGAGGUUGAGUGGUGGAUGCGACUGACGUUAAGGAUCAGAGAGUACGGAAGUUGUAAGAGAGAGAUUAGUGCAGCUAUAAUCUGUGAUCGAAUACCAAAGUGCUAUUGCAGCGGUGAUUCAAAGGGAGUUUGAUUAGAUGCGGCCCUGAAACUAAGUUGGGCUCAUUCCUAUUUGUAAGUCCCUUGUCAUCCUUCUAAACAGUAUUAUGAUCUUUUUUGUGUAACAGAUCAAACUUUUGGGAACAUUCAAAAAACAUGGAUGCUGCUGACAAGAGAUGGUUAAACAUGACAACAAACACACUACAAAAUAUGCAAAUAUGAGAAUCUGAUCGUUGCAUGACAAAUCACAAGAGAAAUAGUAAACUAUUUUAUUGGUA